UUGCAAUAGGAAUACAUGCCCUCCAACAUGGAUCCGGGGCAGAGAAAAGUUCCGUGCCUCUUUUUUAUGGUGCUGACCAUGCCUCUCCUAACGUUUACAGUUUUUUUACAGGAACAAAAAGCAUCUAGUUUUUUGAAAAAUAGGAUAAGAAGGGCGAAUUCAUUUUCUGAAGAGUGGUUUAAGCCAGGAUCUGUGGAGAGAGAGUGCAAUGAAGAGCUCUGCUCCUAUGAAGAAGCCUUGGAGAUAUUUAAGGAUGAACGAAGGACGAAACAAUUUUGGGAGACGUACACAGAUAAGGAUGAAUGCAUCUCCAACCCAUGCCAAAAUGGGGGAACUUGCAUAGAUGAUCACCACUCCUACACCUGCAGUUGCCCCCCAGCUUAUGAAGGACGAAACUGUGACAAAGAUAAAAAUGAUGAGUUUCGCUGUGUAAAUAAAAAUGGAAACUGUGAGCAUUUUUGCCAUGACAAUACAACUACAGGACGGAAGUGCUCAUGUGCAGAGGGGUACACUCUAGGAGAGGAUCAAUUAUCAUGUAAACCUGCAGUUAAAUAUCCAUGUGGAAAAAUACCUGUAUUAAGAAAAGCAAAGAAUUUAUUACGAAUUGUUGGAGGGGAAAUAUGUCCAAAAGGGCACUGUCCUUGGCAGGCAGCACUUUUUCAAGACAAAAAAUUCAUUUGUGGCGGAUCUUUGGUUGCACCAAUUUGGAUAAUCACUGCAGCUCACUGUGUAAGGACAGCAAAUAGAAAGCAGCUAACUGUGGUUCUUGGUGAACAUCAACUGAGCGAGAUAGAAGGAACAGAGCAAGAACGCAAUGUUUCUGAAAUCAUAGUGCACGCAAAAUAUGUUGGAAGAAGUUUAAAUUAUGACAACGAUAUUGCACUGCUCAAGCUGGAUCUACCAGUGAACUAUACGGACUAUGUGGUUCCUUUAUGUUUACCUGAUAAAGUGUUGUCUGCUAAUGAGCUCCUUAGAGUUAGAUAUUCAACAGUGAGUGGCUGGGGUCGGCUUUUAGAGGGUGGUGCCACACCUGAUUUUCUGCGCCGUGUGCUGAUGCCCAGAGUGUUAUCACAGGAUUGCAUUCAGCAGACCAAAGUGAAUAUUACACAGAAUAUGUUUUGUGCAGGAUUUAAAAAUGGUACAAAGGAUGCAUGUAAAGGUGAUAGCGGAGGGCCACAUGCUUCUCAUUAUAAGGAUACCUAUUUCCUAACUGGUAUAGUCAGCUGGGGAUUGGGAUGUGCUCAGCCAGAGAAAUAUGGUGUUUAUACAAGACUAUCAAUGUAUAUUGACUGGUUAAAGGAUCAUAUGAAUAAGAAUUCAUCUGAAAUAAACAUUACUUUAUAGGUAUGCCAACAGCCUUAUAUUUUUAGAAGCAUCUUUAAUAUAAUUUUCAGAGAGACAGAAACACCAAGAGAUGUUAUGAUCAUACGUAAGCAAAUACUAAGAUAUUUUAUAUUCUUGCCUGUUGCUACUGAAGAAUUUGUGAGUUGUCAGCAAUGUUUUUAAUGACAAUUGUAGA